UUCUGAUAAUGGACAAUUCAAAGGGCAUUAUCCCUUACAUAAUGUACAAUGAUCUUAAAAAAAACAUUCUGAUGGCACCCAUGGUAACAUGACAUCAAGUCUUUUGGAACUUCUGUCAUCAAAGGAAGAACUCUGAGAAUUCUCACACUUUAUCUGUUGAGCUCAAAGACAGAGACAGACUUUGAAAAACUGAAGCAAGAUUAAUUUUAUUCACCUAAGCUCCAUGAACAAUGGUCAAAGUAAGUAUUUAUUUGAAAGCUUUUGAAGUAAACAAAUUUAAAUGUGCACAAGAUAAUGUAAAAUAAAACAAUGAGUAGUUUUAUAUAUGGAAAAUAUAAUCAUUUUUUAUUUUUUAUUUUAAAGACAGUUUAGGGUUUCCAUAUUUGAAAUUAUAUAAUUUACCGUCUAAAAAGCAUCUAAUAAACAUUACUACAAGAGUAAGAUUUAUUACAACCAUGGAUUUACAAAAAUGUGGUGGAAAAAGUAUGCUGAGAAGAAGCCUCCGUCUUCAAUUGAACGGGUACUACAACUCUGAUGGAGUACCCACUGUUUCAUAUAGAGAGACCAAAGUCAGGAGGCACAGAUAUCGGCGCCCAGUAUACACAAAAGAAUCAAAGGUUCCUGCAGAAGACACCUUUGACAGCAGUAGCAAUGAAAAUCAGCCAAGAAACACAUUCACACGAUUUGGUUGGAUCAUCAUUGUUCUCUCUCUGAUUUAUGGAUGCGCCUACCUAUAUUCUGAUUUGCCCUCACAAUCUUUAGAGACAUUUGUCUCAUUAACUACCACGGAUAUGGUCUUAACCCCAGAGUGUAAGAAUCAGGAAAAGCUCAUAGUCAACCAGCUUGCAGAGCUGCUGAGAAUAAAGAAAGAGCUUGAAUACCUUUUACCACCAGCAGAUCUGUUGACCAACUAUGCUCUUGAAUCUCUAGGAGCAAUGAUUUUACACCACAUGACCUCAAAAACAUAUCAGAAGAGAGAAGGAUGUAGUUUGUUUGGAUUAGGAAUACAACGACCAACUGUGGGACCAAAAAUCGUUAUUCAGGGAAAAUCCCACUUUGUUCCAGGACAAUGCUGGGCCUUUGCAGGUUCCCAAGGACGUUUAGCAAUCGCCAUAUCCUACAAAGUCUCCAUUAGCCAUGUCACCCUGGGUCACAUUUCCAAAAUGUCAUCCCCAACUGGCACCAUUUCCAGCGCUCCAAAAGAGUUUUCUGUCUAUGAUCAUAAAGUUGGUUCCUUCAGCUUCAUAACCUUACAGGUGAACAGCAACUGGGGCCAUCCUGAUUACACAUGUCUCUAUGGCUUUCGGGUGCAUGGGAAAUUAGCACAUUGAACAGAAGGACAAAUAGAGGUUAAACAGAGUAAGUAUGAACAGAGGUAACAGUAUGUGACUGUGAAUCAGACUGAGAAAAGUAAAAGAAAAAAAAAGAAGUUUAAAUCAGUCAUGCAAAAAUGGUGGUUCUGAAAAUCUUGGAAAUGUUUUGUUUUUGCUGUUGUUCCAAAUUACAUUGUACAAUAUCCAUCUCUCUUCACACCAUUACUCCAACUAACUACUCUUCCUCCUUCUCCAGACACCGGGAAGCAAUCCUUCCUCAAGUUCCCUUUACACAUUAUUCAGAAGUGUGUUUCCAAAUAAAUUUUCCAACUGUGCAAUAUUCUGUGUUUUGAUUGAUUUCUGCAUGUGGAUCAAAAAGUUUUCUGAAACCAUGACAAGAGGCUCGUUCUUCGUACGAUCGAUCUGAGAUCAAAUGAGACAUCCAAGAUAAUAUCAUCGUGCUAAUCAUGAUCCGGCUAAUUGGAUUCUUCGAACACACCUGUUGUUUAUGAUUAGUAUGGCUGGAUUGAGAUAUCUGAGAUAAUUGUGGGUUCAUGCGUCGGUUUAUAAGGGGAAAUGUAUCGAUAGUAGAAACAAUGAUCAGCAGCGCUGCUAUUGGCUGUUCAGCAUGGCCAAAGAACGCCCACAGUUUUUCUCCCAAGCAGAACACGAGCUUUU